CCGAACUGACCCAGUCUGCUAGCAGUUGGAGACAUGCAAUGAUGCCAUUGUCUCGUCCGAUAAGCAAGGGCGGCCAGUCCCCCGUCCCUUCUGUCUGACUUGGAAAAGUUAUAAUGUCCGUCUCGCCGGCUUAGCAGUCAAUUCGAACUCUUCGUCUGUUGUCCCUCUCAAUUUCUCCAGCAUGCGUUCCUCCGGUCUUUACACAGCACUGCUGUGCUCUCUGGCCGCAUCGACCAACGCGGUUGUUCAUGAGAAGCUCGCCGCGGUCCCCUCGGGCUGGCACCAUCUCGAAGAUGCUGGCUCCGAUCACCAGAUUAGCCUGUCGAUCGCAUUGGCACGCAAGAACCUCGAUCAGCUUGAAUCCAAGCUGAAAGACUUGUCCACACCUGGUGAAUCGCAAUAUGGCCAGUGGCUGGAUCAAGAGGACGUCGACACACUGUUCCCAGUGGCCAGCGACAAGGCCGUGAUCAGCUGGUUGCGCAGCGCCAACAUCACCCAUAUUGCCCGGCAGGGCAGCUUGGUGAACUUUGCGACCACCGUCGACAAGGUGAACAAGCUUCUCAAUACCACUUUUGCUUACUACCAAAGUGGUUCUUCCCAGAGAUUGCGCACAACGGAGUACUCCAUUCCCGAUGAUCUGGUCGACUCGAUCGACCUCAUCUCCCCGACAACCUUUUUCGGCAAGGAAAAGACCAGUGCUGGCCUGACCCAGCGGUCGCAGAAAGUCGACAGCCAUGUGGCCAAACGCUCCAACAGCUCGUCCUGCGCCGAUCUCAUCACGUUAUCCUGCUUGAAGGAGAUGUACAACUUUGGCAACUACACUCCCAGCGCCUCGUCAGGAAGCAAGCUGGGAUUCGCCAGCUUCCUGAACGAGUCCGCCUCGUAUUCCGAUCUUGCCAAGUUUGAGAGACUGUUCAACUUGCCGUCUCAGAACUUCUCCGUGGAGCUGAUCAACGGCGGCGUCAAUGACCAGAACCAAUCGACGGCUUCUCUGACCGAGGCUGACCUCGAUGUGGAAUUGCUCGUUGGCGUGGGUCAUCCUCUUCCGGUGACCGAGUUUAUCACUUCUGGCGAACCUCCUUUCAUUCCAGACCCCGAUGAGCCGAGUGCCGCCGAUAAUGAGAAUGAGCCUUACCUUCAGUACUACGAGUACCUCCUCUCCAAGCCCAACUCGGCCCUGCCACAAGUCAUUUCCAACUCCUACGGUGACGACGAACAGACCGUUCCAGAAUACUACGCCAAGCGAGUCUGCAACCUGAUCGGACUCGUCGGCCUGCGCGGCAUCAGCGUCCUGGAGUCAUCCGGUGACGAAGGAAUUGGAUCUGGCUGCCGCACCACCGACGGCACUAACAGCACCCAAUUCAAUCCCAUCUUCCCCGCCACCUGUCCCUACGUGACCGCCGUAGGAGGCACCAUGUCCUACGCGCCCGAAAUUGCCUGGGAAGCCAGUUCCGGUGGUUUCAGCAACUACUUCGAGCGAGCCUGGUUCCAGAAGGAAGCCGUGCAAAACUACCUGGCGCACCACAUCACCAACGAGACGAAGCAGUAUUACUCACAAUUUGCUAACUUUAGCGGUCGCGGAUUUCCCGAUGUUUCGGCUCAUAGCUUUGAGCCUUCAUACGAAGUUAUCUUCUACGGCGCCCGUUACGGCUCCGGCGGUACUUCCGCCGCAUGUCCUCUGUUCUCUGCGCUAGUGGGCAUGUUGAACGAUGCUCGUCUGCGGGCGGGCAAGUCCACGCUUGGUUUCUUGAACCCCCUGCUGUACAGUAAGGGGUACAAGGCGCUGACGGAUGUCACGGCGGGACAAUCGAUCGGGUGCAAUGGUAUCGAUCCGCAGAGUGAUGAGGCUGUUGCGGGCGCGGGCAUUAUCCCGUGGGCGCAUUGGAAUGCCACGGUCGGAUGGGAUCCGGUGACAGGAUUGGGACUUCCUGAUUUUGAGAAGUUGAGGCAGUUGGUGCUGUCGUUGUAGACUAUAUGGCUAUAUAUGGGAUGAGAUUUUGUAUGUGUUAUGAUGUGAUAGUAUGUGAGAUAUGUGUGAGAUGAUUUGCGAACUACGUAGUAUGUACGAGUUUCAC